AUGGCGGGGGCUACUACUCUGCUUCGUUCUCCUCGCCGAAUCUCUCGUUUUGCCUUACCAUCAUCUUCAUCUUGUUCUUUCUCUUCAGUUUCUGCUCCUAGAAACCACCGCCACCGUCCGAUUCCGGACGUCCCCACCGCACCCUCUCUGCUCCGAAGCCACAUAAUAUUACUCCCCUCUUCCUCCCACCCCCAUGUCACAACCCACUUCAGGUGCCUCUCCUCACGAGCCGUCCCCGCUUCUUCUGACACUCCACCAUCUGAGUGCUCGGAGGUGAAAGAUGAAGUUUUGGACAAGCUAGGAUUCGAGAAGGUUACCGAAGAGUUCAUUGGGGAGUGCAAGUCGAAAGCUUUACUUUUCCGGCACAAAAAGACCGGUGCCCAAGUCAUUUCUAUGUCCAACGACGAUGAAGAAAAGGUCUUUAGCAUUAUUUUCCGGAACCCACUGAAGGAUUCCACUGGAAUUUCACAAAUACUGCAACGGAGUGUAUACUGUGGGUCAAGAAAGUACCCUGUGAAAAAUCCAUUUGAGGAGGUGAUUGGAGGGACCUUGGGUAAUUUUUCGGAAAAAUUCAUAUAUUCUGAUAGGACUUGCUACGUAGUUACUUCCGCACAUACAAAGGAUUUUUAUAAUCUGGUUGAUAUGAACCUCGACACCGUCUUCUUUCCCAAAUGUGUGGAGGACUUACAGAUUUUCCGGCAGGAGGGUUGGCAUUUCGAGCUCAACGACCCUUCCGGGGACAUAUCUUAUAAAGGAGCUGUCUUCAAUCAGAUGAAAAAGUAUUAUUCUCAGCCUGAGCCUAUAAGUAUAUUAAAGAAGACUACUCGACAGGCCAUUUUUCCAGAGAGUACAUAUGGUUUUGACUGUGCAGGUGAUCCAAAAAUUAUUCCCCAAUUGUCAUUUAAGGAAUUCAAGGAGUUCCACCGUAAAUAUUACCAUCCCAGUAAUGCAAGGAUAUGGUUUUAUGGAGAUGAUGAUCCAACUGAGCGCCUGCGCAUUUUGAGUGAGUACCUGGAUAUGUUUGAUGCAAGCUCAGCUCCAAAUGAAUCGAGGAUUAAACCACAGAAGCUAUUUUCAGAACCAGUUAGGAUUUUUAAGAAAUAUCCUUCUAUUCCAUUUGCUGAUUUAAAAAAGAAAAACAUGGUAUGCCUCAGUUGGUUUCUCUGUGAUGGGCCUCUAGACAUGGAGACUGAGCGGACGAUUCAGGUUUUGCUUCAUCUUAUGUCGGGAACUAUUUUUUCUCCACUGAAAAGAAUCUUGCUUGAAAAUGGCUUUGUAGAUGUUUUUGUUGAGGUUUCUGUUGAUCUCCUUCAACCUCUAUUUAGUGUUGGGGUGAUGAGUGUUUCUCAUGAUGACAUUUUAAAAGUAGAAGAAUUAGUCAUGAGUACACUUAAGAAAUUAGCAAAGGGAGGCUUUCAUUCAGAUACUCUGGAAGUAUCCUUGAAUGGGAUGGAGUUUAAUCUCAGGGAAUACAAUGAUGAACCAUAUACUCGAGGCGUGUCCUUAUUGGUUCGAUCCAUGGAUAAAUGGAUAUUUGAUAUGGAUCCCUUUGAGCCAUUAAACCCGAUCCACAAAAGGCUUCUCGUGCUGAAAAAAGCUGAGAAAGAAAUUCUGGGGAAAGUUAAAGCAAGCUUAACAGAUAAAGAUCUCGCUGGCCUGGUACGUGCUACACAGGAGCUGCGACUGAAGCAGGCAACUCCUGACCCACCAGAAGCUAUGAGAAGUGUUCCAAGCCUCUCUCUGCAAGACAUUCCAAAGGAACCUACUACUGUUCCAAAAGAGGUUGACUAUAUCAAUGGAGUUAAAGUAUUGCAGCAUGACCUCUUCACAAAUGAUGUCCUUUAUACUGACAUUGUGUUUGAUAUGAGUUCAGUAAAGCAAGAGCUUAUCCCUUUGGUACCCCUUUUCUGUUACGCAUUGCAAAACAUGAAUACAAAAGACACAUGUUUUGUUGGUCUUCGUCACUUGAUUCUAAGAAAAACUGGUGGAAUAUCAAUUGAGUCAAUGAUACGGUACACGGAAGAUCCCUGUUGCCAUAUAAUUGUUCGAGGGAAAGCCAUGGCCAAACGUGCUGAAGAUCUAUUUCACCUGAUAAACUAUCUUCUUCAAGAAGUCCAGUUUACAGACCACCGGUGGCUUAAGCGGCUUGUUUCCCAUGCUAUAGUGCAGUACCAACAAAGUGCUGAACUUCAAGGUCAGAACAUUAUUGCGUUAAGGAUGGACGCAAAGCUAAAUGUUUUUGGGUGGAUUCGUGAACAAAUGUGUGGUAUCAGUCACUUGGAGUUUCUACGAGCGCUUGAAAAGAAAGUUGAUCAAGAUUGGGAAAGAAUUUCUUCAUCUCUCGAGGAGAUUCGCAAGUCCUUGUUUACUAGGAAAGGUUGUAUAAUUAAUAUGACUGCUGAAGGGAAGAAUCUUACCAAAUCUGAGCAGUUUGUUGGCAAAUUUCUGGAUUUGCUGCCUGGUAACCCUCCCUGUGCAACAACUACUUGGAAUGCUAGACUACCUUGUGUAAAUGAAGCCAUAGUAAUACCUACUCCGGUUAACCAUGUUGGAAAAUCUGUUAACAUUGAUAACACUGGUUAUCGGGUUAAUGGAAGAACAGAUGUUAUCUCCACAUUUCUUGUUUGUGCACGUACAUGGUUGCCUGAUCGCACAGUAAUUAGUGGUGCAGUUUAUGCCACUUAUCGCUCUGAUAAUUACUUAGGAGCAUGCUCUUUCUUACCUUCUGGUGACACCAACUUGUUGAAGACCCUUGACCGAUAUGAUAACACUGGAGAUUUUCUACGACAAUUAGAAAUGGAUAAUGAUACUCUUAAAAUGGCCAUUAUUCAGGCACUUAAAAACGACUCAUGCAAGUAUCUUGAUCCCAAAGCCAAAGGUUACAAUAGUUUGGAGCAGUACUUAACUGGAGUCACAGAAGAAGAUAGGAAAAGGAGACAUGAAGAGAUGUUGUCAACCAGCUUGAAGGACUUCAAGGAAUUUGCAGAUGCAUUUGACGCAGUCAAAGACAAAGGGGUUGUUGUUGCAGUGGGAGCACCAAAUGAUGUUCAUGCAGCACUAAAAGAGCGACCUGACUUCUUUCAAGUAAAGACAGCCUUCACCCGUGCAGAAUUUUAG